CAAAUAUGGCGGCUCUUUUUAAUGUUUGUUGCAUGUCAAAUGUGAAACAUCAAAUUAAGACCUCUUUCAAAUCACAAUAUCCAUAAAUUUCUCACCCAUGGUACAUUAUAGUAUUAUCAGCCAUGUUUGCCAGCUGUGGAUAUUUUCGGGGAAUAACAUGUCCUUAUUUUCAAAGCGGUUUAUGUGAAAGACCGUACUGUCAUUUUCGACAUGUGAAGGAAAAACAAAAGGAUCCGUAUCCCACCAGUAUUUCUCAGUCAUCUUCUACAGUAACAAGUACAGAAAAAGUAGAAAAUAUCACAUCAGCAAUUUUACCAAAUGAUAGCUAUUUCCACGAAAAUGUGUCGAAAAAGAUUGAAAAUAAUGUUGAAAAAAAAGAAACUGAGUUAACAAAAUCAACUGGUGAAGAAAAUGACAAUGAGAAGAAGGAAGUGGAAUACGAUUCAGAAUCAAAUGAUGCUGAGUUUCCAUUACCAAAUCCAAGCUUUCAACCAGUAUACAAUCCCACUCCAAAGUCUCAAGCUAUUAAAAGAAAUCCAGAUGAUCCACUGCCAGAAUAUUGCCCAACACCAAUAACUAAGUUGAAACGCAUGAAGAAACCUUUAUCAGCAGAUUUACAAUACGACCCCGUUAGUAAUUACCUUUACCCAAUAAGUGAGAAAAAUGAUACUACUGUGAUUGAUGAGCCUGUUUAUGUACCAAUAAAACGUUCAUUGAGCAAUGACUCGUGUGAUCUCCCUUCCAAAAAACAGAUACGUUUAGAUGGAGAAGCAUCUAAGGAAGAAGACAAUGGAUUCAUCCUGGGUGAAGAAAUCAGUAACAGUGAUGUCGAAGGUGAUCAUGAUGAUGCUCAGUUCAGUGAUGAUGAUAUUCUGAUGAGCAGAAAUAACAAAUGUAAAAAAGACAAUGACUGUGAAGAAAUAUUUGCAACAAAAUCCUAUGUUCGUGAUAAUGUGAGGGAAAAGGGUAAUGACAGUGAGAAGGUACAUGAACCUAAGACUGUAGGCCUACCUAAAAACCUCAAGAAAUAUGACAUCAUAUCAGACAUUAUGAAAGAAGAUAAGUCAAAAUCUAAUGAAAAAAACAUUUCUCAUAAACGAUCAGAAACUGUGAAGAAAGUGAGUUCAGAUAAAUCCAAAGACACAAAUCAUAGACAUUCAGAUAAAGAAAAUCUUAAAAAUCAGAGCAAAUCCUCAUCUAAAAUCAGUUCAGAAAAAGAAGUGAAAAAUUAUAAAAGUGAUCAUAGUAAAGAACGGACAAAAUAUGAUAAGGAAAAAUCAAGCUCUAGAUCUUCAUCAAGUCAUAGAGAAAGUAACAAAGAAAGUUCUAGUGGCAGUUAUAAGUCUAGAAACAAACAUGAGUCUUCAAGUUCAAAAUCACAAUCGGGUAGUGUUUCGUCAAGUUCAAGUUCGUCUCAUAAAAAACCUUCAACAUCAGUUUCCACAUCCAAACAUUCAGGAGAUAAGUCAAGCAGUCAAAAAGAAUCUGAGAAUAAAAAAAGUAGCUCAUCAUCAUCAUCGUCUACAAAAUAUGGUUCUUCACAUAAAUCAUCCUCUUCAGCGUCAUCAUCACACAAGUCAUCCUCUUCAUCAUCUAAUAAACCAUCCUCUAAAUCUUCUUCAUCUUCCCGUAGUUCUACUUCACACUCAUCAUCACAUAACAAAACUGUCUCAACGUCAAAUAAACACGAUAAUCAUAAAAAUGAUAAAACUCAGAGACAAAGUUCAAGUGAUAAAUCAUCACAUAAAACAAAAUCUAGUUCAGGGAGUUCCUCAUCACACAGAGACAAACAUAAUGGUGAACAUAAAAAUAAAGAGAAAUCUAGUUCUAGUUCAGAUAAAGAAAAGGAUGAUAAGCCAAGUAAAAGAUACAGUAUUGAAGAAAUACACGCCGAUUUAUUUGGAAGCAGUGAAGAAGAAGAUAACUUAUCCCCACCACAAGAGGCCAAUGAAAUGUCGGAUUCAGAAUUAUUACAAUAUCUGGAUGAAAGUGAUUUUUCUGAUGCUGACACGUAUGAAGAAUGUUUGAAAAUAUUCAAUGAAACUAAUUCUGCAAAAUCUAAGACUCCUGUCAAAAAAGAUGUUCGAAAGAGACCAGAAACAACAUCAGAGGAAAAUGCACCAGGAAAGAAGAGAAUGGCUCACGAGUCAGCCGCUAAAGUCCACAAGAAGCCGGUAGAAAAUGUAAAGAUGCAUCUGAGUGCAGCUCAAGUAAUGCACAAUCGUAUUAUUGCCAUGCAGAAACAUGCCUUGGAAGCAGCUGCUGCUAAGAAAGCACUUGCUGAAGCUUCAACAUCAGGGUCAUCCAGUAUGUUUGGGAAAAAAAGAGUAGCUCAUACAACAGGUCAUAUGAAUGGAAAAGCUGAUGAUAAUAAAACACUAGCUAUUACUGCAUCGAAAACAGAAAAACGAAAAGCUCAUGCUCCAACUAUUAAAAAUAUUAAGAGACCAACUGUUCCAACAGAGUUUGGUUCCAAAGUGCCAACAGCAAUAAGACAACGUUAUCUUAAUCUUAUUAUUGAUGAGUGCCUCAAGUUUAUCAAAGAUGAGGAAUCCGCAUUUAAACGGGCCCAAGAAGAGGAACAUGUGGCCUAUGGUCGAAGUUCUAGUAAAAAUAUCUACUUGAGAAUGGCAGUCAACACCAUAAAAAGACUUAGAACUGAGGCUGAAUCUAAAGUAGCAUCUCCAAAAAAGAAAAUACCCAAUUCACAAUCACAUGAAGCCACUUUAGGUGGUUCAAAGGCUGCUAAAACUAGUUUUACAGUAAAAAGAUCAGGAAAGAGUCAAGUAUUUUAUGGUGAUUUUUCAGGUGCAGAUUUAUAUAAGAGGUUAACCAAAUAUAUCACAAGUGAAGAAUUAUUACAAGCUAAUAAUUUUCCACGACCAUGUCCUGAGUCAAGUAGUAGUGCUAAAUUCUAUGUUGAUAAAAGCAUCAAAGAUGUCACUCUCAAAGAUUACGAGAAGGUGUGUUGUCGAUGUGGAAAGAGGUUUAUUGUUUAUCCUGACUGUGAAUAUGGAACCAAAGAACAGUGUUCUUAUCAUUGGGGAAAAGCUUGGAAACGAAGAAUUGCUGGAUCUAUAGAAACAAGAUAUACAUGUUGUAGUGGUGAAUUGGGAUCAAACGGUUGUGCUAUUUCUAAGGCUCACGCAUAUGAAACUAAUAAAUAUGAGAACACAACAGGCUAUAUGAAGACAUUACCUACUUCACCUCCAAUAGAUGGUAAUUAUGGUGUUUACGCAAUGGACUGUGAAAUGGUAUAUACAACUGGUGGUAUGGAGUUAGCUAGAGUAACUGUUGUUGGUAGUGAUAAACAACCUGUAUAUGAAUCAUUAGUUAAACCAGAUUAUCCCGUUAUAGAUACUAAUACAAGAUUUAGUGGUAUUGAGGAUAAAGAUCUUGAAAAUGUGACGACGACUUUAAGAAAUGUACAAGCUGUAUUACUUAGUUUAUUUAAUGAUCAAACAAUAUUACUAGGUCAUAGUUUAGAAAGUGACUUGAUAGCAGUGAAGCUUAUUCAUAACACAGUAGUUGAUACAUCAUUGGUAUUUCCCCAUCGACUUGGUCCACCUUAUAAAAGAGCCUUGAGAAAUCUGAUGUCAGAUCAUCUUCAAAAAAUUAUCCAGAAUGAUGAGGGUGGCCACGACAGUAAUGAAGAUGCUUCAGCUUGUUUAGAAUUGAUGCAGUGGAAAUUAAAAGAAGACGCCAAAAAAGAACAUCGAAGAUCUUGAUUCUUGUUGAUUUCAUAUUGGAAGUGCUUUUUAUUAUAACAGUUUAUUAUUCAUUGUUGUCAACAUUGUGUUAAAAGAGAUCCAUGGGGUUUUUUUUACUUGUUUCCACCAUAGUGCUGGUCACUAAAUUGGUAUAUCACGUCCAUCUGAUUUGAGAUUUAUCCUGUAUUUUGUUUGUAUCUAUGACAAGUAUACUCAGUGCCAUCUUACUUUGUCCGAGGUUGGACAUCUGAGUCAGAUGUGAAUUGUAGGGGAAAGAAACUGUGUAUAACUUCUCUUUUCCUCAAUGUAAUAAUUGUUUACUGUACAACCCCAUAGACACUGAUUUCCUCGCAACAAAUUAUCCCGAAAAAAUCUUCAGACCUUGAGCCAAUGGGAGGAGAUCCAUUUGAUAUGUGCCUCAGUCGUUCAGUUAUUUUUAGAUCAGUUAGAAAUUUAGUUCUAUAAUACUUAUUUUACAAUUAUGGUAUGAAAGUGUACAAAUAGUAUCCGUCAUAGUGUUGAAUAAAUCUCUUCUCCACAUAUUAGUGUAAAUCGGUCAAACAUGAGUGUGCCAUACCGAGUAUCGUGCCAAUUUGACCCACUAAAAGUGAGGUGGUCUCGGCACAGUUAAAUUUUCGUAGUGUAAGCACUAUCCAGUCUAAGAACGGUUCUCAGAAUAGAUUGCUGUGCAUCCGCCAAAUGAACCUUGACCUUUUCCCCCCGCGAACUGUGACAGUUCUGUCACAAUGGCAGCCCAAGUGGGUAAGACGCUGGCUCGCUAGACUGGAGGUUGAUUGUUCGAUCCCCGCAAUGGCCGAGAAAGUCCAUCGGGAUAUUCUGACGUGGUUUCCCCAGGUCAGUGGUGCCGGAUGGAGAGCCUGACAAUUACAGCUGUCGAAGUCGUUCAAUUGGCAUGAAAAACUGAAGUCCUGUGUAUACAUUGGCAUGCAUGUAAAGGAUCCCUUGGUGGUUGAAAUUCAAUAGAAGAGUAGGCCACAGAGCUCCUGCCCGAGCAAAAUUUCCCUCAUAGCAUACUGUAUGAAAUAUGCCCGUCUUCAUUAGCCCAGUCGGAGCAGAACAGUAGGACAUUAAACCCCAUUUUCUGUCUGCCAAAACUAAAUCAACGGACAUAAUUGUUUUCAUUCGGGUAAUUUGCAUAGGGACUGAAAUUAACUUUUCUGUGAAGAGUUCCACAUUUGGCCAGCCUGGCACAUUCCGAGACCGGUUAUUUUAGAGUAAUAUAAAUGGGUCAAUUUCUUGAAAUUUAUCGCAGCCUAGUACCAUGCCAAGAACAGUACGCUUAUCACGGCCAUGUGUAAACGGGGCUGUGAACUACACUGCUGAUCCUAGUCAACAUCAUCCAAAGGAUCUGAUUUUAUUUUGAAUAAAUAUAUUAAAGUUUGCAGAAAUAUUUUUUGGUUAAUAAAAUCUCCAAGAAGAGAAGUUAUAUUUUUGUUAUAUUACCAAUUUCUUUACUAACAAAUGUUAUGAUAGUUUGUAAAGAAAAUACUCAUUUACAUUUUUGAGGAGUGUUUUAACAAAUUAGAAAAGUAUGUAAAUAAUGAUAAUGCAAAUGUAAUUCUGUCCGAUAUUGCUUCUGUAGAGAAUAUAGUUUAUACCUCAUAACUUUGUGGAAUAGAAUCUGUUGUAAGCAAUAUAUUCAGAACUGUUAAUAUGUGCAAUUUCAAUAAAAAAAAUAAUUUAUUAUGUAAAUAAAGUAUUAAUCAGUAUUGUAAUUUAGUACAACCAACCACAGUCUAUAUAGUGUAUUAUUAAAAAUGUAAAAGACUUUUUGUUUUGCAAAAGAAAUAACUGAAA